AUGGCUGCCAUCGCUCUCUACGUAUUCCCCACCAUCAUCGUGGCUGCUCUUCUCUCAACAUGUCCAACAUCGGCUGAUAUGGAUGAUGGACCUCGUAUCAUCAGCUCUGGAACAAGUAUAGAAGUGUAUGAAGGAGGCUUUGUAACCUUACCCUGCGAGAUUGAAGGCGACCCCAGAGGUUUCGCACGUAAGUGGAGCAAGGAUGGCAGGACAUUGUUCUAUAGAGAUGUAAGCAAUGUAACCGAUACAAGGUUUAAACUGAAAAACGGAAAUUUUGAGAUCGACGGAAAUUUGGAGAUCGAUAAUGUUCAAGAAAGUGACAGUGGAAAAUACAAGUGCGCAUUAGUCUCUGGUUUGGAAGAAGAAGGGAUAACACACAGCCUAAAAGUCACCAAGUUUUGUGAUCCCUCAAGUAGCUGUGGUGAAGCCGGCAACGCUUGCUGUGGAGGACAUAGUAAGAGAGUGAAGCAUGCUGGGAGGGGCCACAGCCAGAGAAAAGCUGUUUCCAUCCUGCCGUUUCGUGUAUGGAUGUAUCCAGUAGCUAUGGUGUAACAGGUGUUCUGAAGGAAGUCUUCCCCACACUUGUACUGGUGGUAUGAGAAUGGUUGUAGAUGUAUGCUUUAAAUCACGCAUUAAAACUGAUUAAAC